AUGGGUGAUAGAAAAAGCGGUAGAAAAGCGAUCAUAAUGCUUUUUAAUCCUGACUCUGCCGGUGCACCCCAGGCUAACGAGAAUCAACUAAGACAAAUCCUAGAUGACAAGAGCGACGAGUCCGAUGAAUGGGGCUGUGUUCAAACACUCUGGGAACAAGGACAAGACGAAGCUAAUUUAAACGCAACGAAAUUCAGUGACGUUCUGGAACGUCAUUUGGAUGUAAUCAUUUGGAUGAAUUCAACGGAAGACCUGGUAGACGUGAUCCUAGAGUUAUCUCAGAGCGGAGUUAACGUUCCUUUAGACUUCUCCCCGUCGCCAGAUCUCAAGGACUCAGACAACAUGAUUCUGGAAGUGGACAGAUCCGGCUUAGGGCUCCAGGACCGGGACGUCUACUUUGAUGAGAACAUGGCGGAUAAACGUGAGGCUUACAAGAAGUAUUUAGUGACCCUGACCGACCAUAUCAAGACAGAAAUAAAACCCGAUUAUCUGGGAGAUACCAACGAGGUUUACAAGUUAGAAGAGAGUUUGGCUGAGAGUUGCAUGCAGAAGGUUGACCGACGUGAGCCCUACAAAGUGUACAACCCUUACACCAUGGCCCAGCUAACGGAGCUAUGUCCAAAUGUGAACUGGCCCAAAUGUUCAUUUGCUUUAGGAGUGAAUCCACGAGUGAAUACACGUCCUGAACAGUAUGUGUGCGUGGUCGAGGUGGAGUUCAUGAAGAAGUUUAAUACUCUUCUGGAAGAAGUUUCACUAGACGUCUGGAAACACUACCUUGCUAUCAGACUCAUAUCUUCCAUGGCUAAAUAUCUUGAUGACGUAACCGCACAAAUAAGGUUUGAUUUUUACGGAAAAGUAAUGGCAGGUCAGCAAGAGCAGAAACCAAGAUGGAAGAGAGUCUACCACACUGUCAAUAGUCUGAUAGGUCAAAUUGUUGGCAAAAAGUACGUCGAUAAGCACUUUCCCAGUGACAGUAAAGCUCAAGUGUUGGAUAUGAUUGAGAGGAUGAUGAGAGUACUGGAGACCAGGAUCAAGAAUCUCCCGUGGAUGGAGGGUGAAACUAAAGAGAAGGCAUUGAAAAAGUUAGGAACAUUUGUGGUUAAGAUUGGAUACCCCGACAAGUGGGAAGAUCACAGCACUUUGAACCUGGGAGCAAAGCAUUUCUGUGAGAACAUCAUCAUCUGCCAAAUGUGGCACACCAAUAAGGAGAUGGCUAAAUGUUACAAACCAGUGGAUAAAACUGAGUGGCACAUGACCCCGCAAACCGUAAAUGCUUACUACAACCCCACUCAGAACGAAAUUGUAUUUCCAGCAGGAAUCAUCCAGCCCCCCAUGUACAACAAAGAUGCUGCUGUUGCUUCAAACUUCGGUGGUAUUGGAGCUGUUAUCUGUCAUGAGAUAACUCAUGGUUUCGAUGAUAAAGGAGCAAAGUUUGAUCACGCGGGAAACUUGGCACAAUGGUGGACUGAGGAAGACGAGAAGAAGUUCAACGAGUGCUCUGAAAAACUCAAGGUUCAUUUUGAUGAGUACCAAAUUUAUGGCAUGAACGUAAAGGGAGAUCUCUGUUUGGGUGAAAACAUUGCAGAUUUGGGAGGACUGAGCAUAUCUCUUGAAGCUCUUGCUGGCAUGAUGGAAGAAGAGAACCGUUCUGAAGAGGAGAAGAGAGAAGAAAUGAAGAAGGUUUUCUACGCAUGGGCUGUUAUCUGGAGGAAUAAUAUCAAAGAAGAGGAAGCAAAGAGAAGAAUCAUCAUGGAUCCCCACAGCCCGGGACAUCUUAGAGUGAACGGUAUAGUAAAGAAUGUGGCUCAGUUUUAUGAUUUGUUUGAUGUUAGUUCCGAAGAUCCAAUGUUCCUUGAGGAUGCUAAGAGAUCUAAGAUUUGGUAA